CAACCAACGUUCGAAGGCGCGACUGAGCACGCGUCAGGUAUGUUCGAAGAUGUUUCAUGUGUUUGAAUAGCUUCACAGUUGGCGGCGUAAAACUAAUCGAAUCGUGAAGUUGUGACUUCGGGGUGCGGCCUGCUGCCAGCGAAAUGGCCACCACAAUUUCCAGCACGGCGCCUUUGGUCAACAUGAGUUGUUCAUCACUGUGGACGCCAUACAAAGACCUCCAGCAGGCGGUAGAAGCGGUGCUUGUACACAGGGAUGUCGAGGCCGUGGCGGACUUCGUCGCCGCGCUCCGACGCCAUCGACGGGACUUCGCUGCCUUGCUGGUUAACCCAUCGCGAUGCACCCAACACCGCGAUGCAGUGUCGCGGGCACCGCAGGACGGAAUCGCAGUGUCCGGCAAGGCGACGCCGCAGCUGCUACCGCAGGACGUUGUGGGUGAAGCGCUGCUGCUUAGCGAAAUGUUUGAGCUCAACGAGCUGGCUGCCUUGGAGCUGGUGCUGGCGGCGCAGCAGCAAUUGCCGCUAUUCCCGGAGCUCACGCGUGGUUUGGUAGCCGUACUCCUCUAUUACGAUGGCCGGCGUGCGUUGGUCAACGCGCUGCGGACGCUGGUUCAGGUCACCGAGGGUCGCACCUGGACAGUCGGUCUCAACGCCGACGUGUUGGCCACCGUCACCAAGUACACCAACGGUUUGCGCGACGAGGACGGCGUACUGGCUCGCGCACUUCAGCUGCUCGAUCGCUUCGACUAUGUGCGCGAACUGGACAUGCUGCAAAGAAACCGUGCCCUCGGGCCACCGCGCUACCGUCGCCAGGUGCUGGACAUGAUCCAGGAGACGCAGCAGUCUCUGGCCGAAGUGGUCUUCUGUUGGGCCUGCCAGACACCGCUCUCCAAGAGCGACACCCUAGCCAUUGUGCGUUUCCUGGCCCAACGAGCCCGGACCGCCGGCGAUGGCGCUUUGGAUAGCGUAUCGCUCACGCUGCUGAUGGCUUUGCUCUAUGCGCUGGACACGACACCGCUGCUACGCGACGCCGAUUUGGCUCUGGCACUGCAUCGCGAGUUCACGGCCCCGCAACAGGCGUGGAAGCAGGAAGCGCUCUUUAGCAUUGCGCAGUUCGCCUGGUCACUCAGUCUGCGGGCCACGUCGCAGCUGCCGGCUGCGGCUGGCCUGGAACCAGAGCUGACCGUCUGCCUGGAAGAAGACGAACGUCUCGUGGAUACCGCGAUCGAUGGCCAGGUUUUUUCUGCUCUACGGCAGUUGGUGGUGCGUUCGCCCCUGCUGCACCGCGAGGAAUUCUUCCUUAAGAAGGUACACGCUCUGCUAGCGGACUUCGUAGCCCUCAUGCCACUCAAACUGAAGGAACUGCGCAACCAGGGUGACGAGGCAGCGCGCAUUAUAAACACUUACGCGCAAAACGGGCAGCCACCACCCGUGCAACUACCGCGUCACUUUGAGCAACUGCUGGAAAUGGUUGCUGAGCUGUACGCACAAGAUCCACUCGAGCUGAAAUUGGCAGAGGACUUCUGGAUUGAAAACCCCGAGGGCGGCCACAGGCGCCAGUUGGCUAAAUUUGUGCGUCUGGCGGGUGACCUACUCCAAACGCCACUUUUUGUGCCUUAUGUGUCAGCACUGAGCAGCCUGGCACGGUCUCGUGUCAGUGCGCAGCACUGCUUUCAACUUCUCAAGAGCAAUGGCCAUCUAGCAGGUUCACAGUGGAGCCCCGUUUCUUGGGACAAUUUUCUAGGAGCACUGCGCAAAUACUUCAACUGCUUGCACCCUGAAGGUUCAUCCGAGUCGUACCGAGCCCCACAGCCUAUUUCAGCGCCUGACCUCCGUGCCCUGGUUGCUAUGCUCAAGCUUUUAGAGACUGUCGUGCAGUACGAUGAGCUCGCUCGAUUAACUCUUGCCGAUCACCCGCAUCAUAGCACGCUGGCUCUUCUGGCUGGCUUGAUAGGAUGUGCAGUGCCUCCAGAACUGAAGGCGGCUCUUCUGCGCGCUUUAGCUGCCUUUGGUGCAGCCCCCGAGUUGGCACCGCGCAUCUGGCAGUUGCUAGUGCCCUGCCUGCAAGGACUGCGUGCAGAGCUGGACGAGGUUGAAAGCCGCAAUGAAGAAUUUCCCAUCACCGCAGCAUUGCUGGUUCUUCUGGCCGCACUGCUUAAUCAUGCUCCAGGGCUUGGCGCCACGGUUUUCCUUGAGCAUGUGCGCGAUGCCGUGUUUCUACGCCUUAAUGUGCGUGCCUAUAGAAAUGCCUCUGAGAAGUGGCAGCUGGCAGCUGCAUGUCUGAAAGUACUGGGCAAACCUUGCGUGGAAGCCUUGUUGCUGGAGUACCUUGAAGAAGGGGGUGCGCUGUCUCUUCUACUGCACCUACUUGAUGAGGCUGCUGGUGAACUGGGUGAUCCUGCAGAGGCCAGCCUGUGUGCCCUACAGCUCAUAGAACGCGCUCUGCAUUUGCCAUUGCGCGAGCGUUCGGGGUGUUCGCUGCACCGUCUGCUGUUGACCACCACUAACCCACGUACCCAACACCCUGACUGUGGGCGCGUGCUGGCGACCUACGUUAUCCACGGGGCUCUGCAACCGCGCCAUGCCCUGUCUGCAGCACGCAUCUUGCUGCAGCUGUGCAUGCAGCCGUCCUUGGUUAGCCAAGUAGAAGCUGCCUUCCGGGCUGAUCGGGUUCAGGUCCUUAUGCACGGCUUUGCUGAAGCUAUUGAGGUCCCCAGCCUGGAGCUUCCCAUUGGCCAUGAGGACAGCUGGUCUCCCGACGAAGUGAGGGCAGCCACAGCAGGAAUGCUGCUACAGCUGCUGUUAGUGUGUCUACAGCAUCAAUCCACGGAACAGCCAGGCUGGGGCUUGGCACAGCUCCUGCUUCUGGGUGGUGCCGAGCGCACUGCCUCUCUGCAGGAGCCCGGAGUAGGAGGUCAAGCACGCACCUGCCUGCACGCCCUACUGGCACUGCUGGAACGGCCACCGCCACACCGCAGUGGCAACGGCAACAACGGGAGCGGUGCACUGCUCGCGCUUGGCUACCAACUGCUGUGGGCGCUGUGCGUCAGGCCCACGUGCGGCGGAGACACGGCUCUGCGUUUCCUGCGCUCGUCGAGGGACUUCUUCACCCGGCACUUGGAGCUGCUGCCGUCGUGGCCACCGCCGCUGGCCCAGGCCUGGUUUGUGCGGCUGCUGGCGCUCGAGCUGCGCCUGGCGGCCAAGCACGGGCCUCGGUCGCACGGACAGGCCUUGGUGCAGUUGCUGUUGCUGGACCGGCGGCUGCUGCGCAUGCUGGAUGGCACCAAGCAACCUUCGCAUACUCCUGCUGUCAAGAGACGUGGUACAUCUUUGGAUCUGCUGGAUGCGUCACAAGUGGAGACGCUGCUGUCGUCACUGGAGCAGCGGGACUCUUUGGGCGGUCCCCGCAAAGUGGAUGUUGCGGCACUUCACCAGCGGCUGCUUCAGGACAGCCAUGCCCUGCUGGCCAUCAGCAGCAAGGAGAGAGUCCAGCAAGAGGUGAAAGCUGUGUUGCAAGCCGCGCUGGAGCGCAACGCAGAGCACGAGCGCACCUACGUGUCACGACAAGCGUUUAACGCCUGGCAGCAACUGGCCUCGGUGCUGGUUGUGUGCUGGGCGUCGCAGCUGGAUGCUCAGCUGCUGCUGGAGCUUGCACACGAGCUUCUGUCGCCGUCACGAACAGUGAGCGAGCAGGGACCCGCAGCUGAGCUGCUGCUGCUCAUUGUGGCUGCACUGCGCCAGCAAAGCAACACUGCCACCGAUCAGGUGUCGGCCACAUCUGCACUGGAGCUGACCCGGUCCCUGCUGCAGAGCUUGAUUGUGUCCGGCAGUGGGCAGCAACGACUACGUGCGCAUCUGUACGCGGCACUGCAGAACCUCCUCCUGGGCUGGCGAGGCGGCAGCGGUGAGAGGGCUGCAUUGGCUCACCUGGUGCAGCUGUGUGGGCAGCCCCUGCGACAGCUGCUCUGCCGCGAUGCCACUGCUUCUCAUGAGGUGACACAGAUGCUUGCCCUGUGCGUGCUGGAUGCCUUGGUGUCACUGGAUGCCAGGUCCUGGCUGGAGCAUCUGCAACGAGACGGAUACCUGCCGCAGCUGGUCAUGACCAGCCCCGCCACGCGGCCGCACCUCCGCGAGGCACGACUGGCACUGCUCGUGCGCAUUGCAUCCUCGGGUGGCGCCCGCACACUCCUCGAGGCAGGCCUGGACUCGCUGCUCUCAGCUUCCGAUUUUCUCCAGGGCUACAAGCAACCCGGGACAGAGAGCAGCAGCAGCAAGGCAGCGCUGAGACUGCUGCUGGCUCUGUCGGCCACUCUAGGACCCCGGUGGGGUGCACCUUUGCUGGUCACGCACAGCCAGCCCUUGGCCGAACUGCUAGUGCAGAGGGAUCCACUGGCCGCACAACUGGUGGCACGUUUGGGGCAGCCACCACCUGUCCUUUUGCGCCAGCAGGCACUCGCACUUCUGGCGACGACGACGGACGAACCGGCGUUGGCUGUGCCGCUACUGGUGCUGGCGUGCGCCUGCGGCGAAGACGAACCUCACCCAGACGAGGCCCUGCUCGCACGCUUGAUACGGCGAUGGGCCGGCAGCGGCGAAACGGUGCACACAGAAUUGCUUGAGCGUACGGUCUACUUGCUUUGGCGAGGACACCGCAAGAGCCCCUUGGGACCGGAUGCGCGCGCUGCCCUGACUGACUGUGCCGAGCAGUUGAAUGCGCAAUCUAAGUUCUGUCAGGCCCUCGUGCGCCGAUUGCAAAGGAUGGCCCUGAGUGUUGCGCCUACCUGAGGCUUCAGUCGGGAGCUGUUAGCUUUGUCCCGUGUGUUGCUGCGUCAUAUAAGCCUGUUUUCUCGUGUUCAUAGUCCAUAUUUCUUAUGCAAGUACUCAUUCGUAGAAAUUUUAUUGGGGGUGAUGAGCGGGAAUCUGGCUUUUCACCAAAUAAAACUAACCCGUCGUUCAAUUAUGUAAUGUGAACAUGUGUUGCUGUCAAAUUGAUUCAGUUAAAAAGGCUAGUCCAAAAUUUUUUGUUUCUAAACAAAGCUCCAUAGCCACCACUUACUGCGUGGUGCGACCACCUUUGCAUUUUCAGAUUGCUCUUAUUUUUGCCAUGUUUCUUUCCACAUUUCUUGAAUACAAAUGUGCACAGUUCUCUCAUCAUUUGAGCGUUGCCAGUGUAUAGAAAAUA